ACCACCACCACCACCACCACUACCACCACUAUGAAAUUUCCUCUCUUCAUCUUCUUCCUUCCUCUCCUCCUCCUGACGCGGGCGCAGCAGCAGGAGGAGGAGGAGGAGGAGGAGGGGGGGGUGGAGAUAAGGACAGGUGGUCUUAGUUGGCUGAGCGAGAUCGCGGCUUCAAGUAACCAGCCUCACCAUAGGGCCAAGAGGUUCUUCGGCUUUCCAGAGGGCUCAAACAUGGAGGCAAAAUGGUCGCUUAAUUUCCCGUUCGACACUUUCACAUUCUACAAGGCGAAGUUCCAACUAGGUCUCCCUAUCAAAGUACCCUUCCCAGCCGCCCUUAUCGUCGGGGCGGGGGCUGGCAGGAAGAAGAGGGGGCUUGGGGAGGCAGAGGACCCCCGUAAUGUCCUGGAAGACCAUAGGAUACGAAGACAGGAGGCCAGAAAGGAGAGACUUCAAAUAUAUGAAUACUUAGAAGGAGUAUUGGAAACCGCUGGUGUGUCUGGAAGGAGUUGCCUCUUAAGGGCCAUCUGUGAGGUUGCCUAUGCGCCAUUUGAUCAAGGAAUGGUCGGGGAGAUGGUCAACACUGUGCUAACAGCAUCAGUAGCCGGGAAGAUACACACCCAGGAGGAGGAGGAGGAGGAGGAGGAGGCGAGGUACCACGAAUAUUUGCAAGCAGAGUUGGAAGGUAGAAUGGAAGGAAAAUGUAACAAAAUUUACAGAAAAUGUGAAAUAUCUCCUUUUGAUAUGUUGCCAAAUGUUGUGCACCGCGUCCUAUAGAGAGAGAGAGAGAGAGAGAGAGAGAGAGAGAGAGAGAGAGAGAGAGAGAGAGAGAGAGAGAGAGAGAGAGAGAGAAAUUGAUGUUUGAGAUUAAAACUACAUUAAUUUUUUGUGUUUUUUGAGUGAGAGAGAGAGAGAGAGAGAGAGAGUAAUGUAUCUUUAAUAACACUA